UUUUGCCAAGAAAAGCAGCUAUGGGUAUGAGAAAACUCCAGGCUGGGUUGCUUAAAGGGCUGGCUGCCUCUGUGUCACCUGGACACAAAGCUCCAGAAGCCUGCCUGCUUUUGCCAGCUCCCCACACCCAGGUGAUGGGUGUGCCUGUUUGAGAAGUUCAGCUUGAAGCCCUAGUAAUAGCCCAACCCUGGUUUGUGUCAGUGACUUAUCCCUGCAGAGCUGGCUCUGCCUUCUUCUCUUUCUUCAACCCUUUCCUUCCCCUCGAUGUGCCAGGGACUGUGUGUGCCUGGGGCUCACUAAGCCAGCCCCGUUGCCUUGCUCAUGGGCUAGCUCCCUACUGUUUUGUAGGGUUGGCUGCCACAAACAUCUCUGAGUACAUUCUUUAGGGGCUGGUUCCUUCGAGGUAGGAUUUCCAGGUUCAAACUUGACCACAUUUUUUCACUCUACAGAGCAGGAGUCACUCUGGGCUUUCCCCCCAGUUCCCCAGCAAGGUCUGAGUGCAGGGUUCCCCACCUGAGAUCAAGUGGCAGGCAGCCAGGCAGCCUGGGGUCCCAGUGUUGUUCUGCUGUGUGGCGUUGGUCAGUUGACACCUCUGAGCUUGGGGGCCACCCUCCUGUAGAAGUGCAAUUGUACUGUUAGCUUGGCUGUGCUGCUGGUACCUGUUAACUGCACACACUCUGUGAGGUACCUCAUUGAUUCCUUAUGGGCCUCAGUGGAGUUGGCCUAGUCAGCCCCUCUUUGCCUUUGCCGAAAAAACUACUAAGGACCUUACAUAGGUCACACUUGCAGCACAGUGUACAUUCAAGCCCUAGGUUGUCCUGGCCAGACCAUUACAAUCGUACAGUGCAGCUGCCAGAAGAUACUGGGCAUCUGGCCCCAACACAGGAAGCCCGGGCCUUGCUGGAUGCCUCCCACAGACUUAUCAGUUGUCUGAGUUCCUCCCAGCAUUGUAUCAAGUCCCACAUUGUUCCAGAGGCACCACCUCAUAGGUUCCCAGGCUUGGUUUUCAGUACCCACGCUCUUGGUGGAAGCCCAUGGCAAGCCUGGGUUGACGGUAGAGCUGGCUGUGGUCCCUGCUGCUAACUGUUUGCUUCUUCCCCAGGGACAGGAAUGGUGAGCCUGCCCAUGGUCAUGGGCCACUCUGUGUGCUCCUGGGGCUGAGACCAGGAUUGGCAGCCAUGGGAUGGGGCCAGCCCCAGGCCUGGUUCUUGGGCCUCCCCACGGCCGUGGUCUAUGGCUCCCUGGCCCUCUUCAUCUCCAUCCUGCACAAUGUGUUCCUGCUUUACUACGUGGACACCUUUGUCUCAGUGUACAAGAUCAACAAAAUGGCCUUCUGGGUUGGAGAGACGGUGUUUCUCCUCUGGAACAGCCUCAACGACCCACUCUUCGGCUGGCUCAGUGACCGCAAGUUCCUCGGCUCACAGCCCCGGUCAGGUGCUGGCUUCUCCUCCAGGGCUGUGGUGCUGACACGGGUUCGUGCCCUGGGCUGGCAUGGGCCAUUGCUGGCGCUAUCCUUUCUGGCAUUGUGGGUGCCUUGGGCCCCAGUCGGCCUGCAGUUUUUGCUGUGCCUGUGCCUGUAUGAUGGCUUCCUGACGCUUGUGGACCUGCACCAUCACGCCUUGCUGGCUGAUCUGGCCCUCUCAGCCCACGACCGCACCCACCUCAACUUCUACUGUUCCCUCUUCAGCGCGGCUGGCUCCCUCUCUGUCUUUGCCUCCUACGCCUUCUGGAACAAGGAGGACUUCUCCUCCUUUCGCGCCUUCUGUGUAGUGCUGGCUGCUGGCUCAGGGCUGGGCUUUCUGGGGGCCACGCAGCUGCUGAGGCGGCAGGUGGAGGUGGCCAGAAGGGAGCCAGGGUGCUCGGCCCUGGCCAUGGAUGGCGGCCAGUGUGAAGAGGAGCUGUUGGUGGGCACCGAGGAAGUGGGCAGCAUCACAUUGGGCCAGUACCUCCGGCAGCUGGCACGCCACCAAAACUUCCUAUGGUUCGUGGGCAUGGACCUGGUGCAGGUCUUCCACUGCCACUUCAACAGCAACUUCUUUCCCCUCUUCUUGGAACAUCUGCUGUCAGAUCAAAUCUCCCUCUCCACGGGCUCCUUCCUGUUGGGCAUCUCCUAUGUUGCUCCCCAUCUCAACAACCUCUACUUCCUGCCCCUGUGCCGUCGCUGGGGUGUCUAUGCCGUGGUGCGCGGACUGUUCCUCCUCAAGCUGGGUCUCAGCCUGCUCAUGCUGUUGGCUGGCCCAGACCGCCCUGGCCUGCUAUGUAUCUUCAUUGCCAGCAACCGUGUCUUCACUGAGGGCACCUGUAAGCUGCUGACCUUGGUGGUCACUGAUCUGGUGGACGAGGACCUGGUGUUGAACCACCGCAAGCAGGCGGCUUCAGCUCUUCUCUUUGGCAUGGUUGCUCUGGUGACCAAACCAGGCCAGACUUUUGCUCCACUCCUGGGCACUUGGCUACUCUGCUUCUACACAGGUCAUGACCUCUUUGAGCAGUCCCUGCUGACCCCUGUGGGGAGUGCCCACCCCUGGCCAGUGCCCCCGGCCCCAGCCCCUGCCCGGGCUCCCACGCUCCGUCAGGGCUGCUUCUACCUGUUGGUGUUGGUGCCCAUCACCUGUGCGUUGCUGCAGCUCUUCACCUGGUCCCAGUUCACACUGCAUGGGAGACGCCUGCACAUGGUCAAGGCCCAGCGCCAACACCUGGCACAGGCUCAAACCCUGGACAUUAAGACAGUGUGAGAGGUGCAGCAAGGCCGCCCCAAGGAUGAUGGAGCGCACAGCCUUGAGGCAGGUGCCACUGUUGCCUGCUGCAUCGUGCUCUUCUACCAUCCUCAGGAGAGAUGGUGGGUGGAGUACCUGACCUGAGCCAGGAGCAUGACCAAUGUCUGGGCGUCUGCCUGGCCUGGGCCCUGUGUGCUCAGGGACCUGCUUCCCUUGUGGGACAGGAAGAAAUAGGGACCCAGAGGGAGUGGCUGCUGGGUGGUACACUGGGUAGCUGUGGGGCCUAUCCCAUUGCUUGUUUGGGGCUGGCCACCCGGCAAGCUCAGGAGCCACUUUUAAUACUGCAGCUACUCUGUAAACUGUUAAGCCCCACCCUUCUGGUGGUUUCUCUGAGAGCUCUCUAUGUCAGCCAGGCUUGUUUGAAGUGUCUUGAAGUGGUGUGCUCCCACUGUUGGCCAGCCUCUCACCCCAGCAGGCCUCUUAAGAACUGCAUUUGAUGGCAGCCAAUUAAAGCCAAUGAUUCCUAGG